AUGGUGAAGCGUGAAGUUGAACAAGACGCCAGUCGCAUCUGCACUGUUGGUAAAGGUGCGCCAUAUAAAACGCUCACAAUCGGUUUUACAAGCACGUGCGACGCUCUUUUUCCGUUUGUUUACAAAACAAAGAGGUGUCGGAAGUGAGUUUUUACAUUGUGCAUCUAGUUGGAUUAUAUGACGGCUUUUUGGCAAACAAAAGAAGCCUGAAAGGAAUUCCGUAGAAGUGCAAUGAACUACUUAACAAUGACGUAAUGACUACGCCAGUUCCUCCAAGAAGUCCUACACGAUCUCGAAGUCAAGCAAGUAGGCGCCAAAGAGCUUCUGUUCACUCAGACUGUCCACCUGAAGUUGAAACUGAGUCUCCAUUGGGAAACGCAAGUCCUGGCUUAGAAAAACGAAGCGUUUCUCUAACUACUUUGCAACCGACGGUUAUUCAACCGAGGAUGGCUCAACUGGAAACCUUGGAAGCAAAGAUGGCCAGCAUUGAAGUAUCUCUAUCCAACACGCCAAGACGCAAAAAGUUCAAUACGGGGAUACUAAAUUCCUCUAUACGAUCCAUCCCGAAAGAGCUGGCAGCUAAAGAGCUGGAAAAUCUUCGAAAUGCCCUUAAAGAUAAGGAGAAUAUCAUUCAAAGCCUUAGGGGCCAACUAACGGUGCCUGGGUUAAGGUUGAAUUCGAUAUUUAAUGGUAAUAACAACAAUAAUAAUGUGAAUAAUAGUACAAGCAAUAGGGAAUUAACCGAGGUAGAGAAGAAGCAAGCGGAAGAUAGACUGGGAAGACUAAAGACUGACAUUGAAAACAAACGCCUGGCCAUUAAGAACCUGAAAAUGGCUUUGGAGCGGCUGGAUAUCACAGACAAUAUAGACGUUCGCAUUCAGCAAGCUGAACUGGAAUAUCAAUUGGGGAGGGAAGAACUCAACCUUCUAACGCUUCUAGAAGAGACACGGACCCUUCAGCUGUGCAUAGAAGAGUCCAAUCGAUCUUGCGCCGAAAACAACACUUUGUUUAGCUGUAUGGAUGGCUCAGAUAUGGUAAUACUGCGGGCAAUUACAUUAGACUACGAUCAAAAAAGCCCGAAAUUUGUCGCUGGACAACGCGACAAUAUUCCAGGAUUGUGGAUAGAUUGGGCGCUGGAAGAAACCGGACUGACAAAAGGGGACAGGUAAGCUGAUUAUUUCAGCCAAGCUUUUAUGUGAACAAUUUAAUCCCAUGCACAAUUCGUUUGUUCGGAGUUUUACACUCCAUUGUUUCAGCUCCACAAUUUUACACGCAAUUUGAGAAACAAUGGGAGUGCGGCACUUUUUCCUUUACAAUCGCUAAUUUGUUUCCUAAUGUCUAAAAUCACUUACAAAGGCUGAUCUAGAUUUUCGGCUAGUCGUGAACGUUCCAUUGCGCAAUCAUAAUAAUUGUGCUCUACCCAUAAUAAUCUGGGUCGUAUUUGCCUAAUCUAGAAAUAUGGAAAGCUGCUAAAUUACUCAGUUGAUUAAUCGCAAUUUCCACUUUGGGAGAACCUUAACUCAUGCGAACAGAAUAGGUUUUUGUGCUAAUUCGAACCAGUGGUAGGGUACAAUACUGGAAGUUGUCUGCAAAUGCCCAAUUCAUUUCCAUAACUUUAAAUUCCUCGGCACUUAGUUAAUUAAGGCAGGUGGGUACCGGAUGCAUGGGUGGAAGGUUACGUUUAUUGACCCUUCUUAUUCAACAUAAUUUCGCUUUAUGACUAUAAUCAGCCAGCGAAUCGCUUCGCAAAGUCGGUUGUGAAAUUAUGUCUUCUUACCUGACAAAGUUUUUCAUAAUCCUUC